CCGUAACAAAAACCCUAAAUCCCCAACCUUUGCUUCAUUUGCUUUUCUACGCUCCGCCUCCUUCCUUGCUCAGAGUUCUCACAGUCGCACACUUGACCAGAACAAAAAAUGCCUUUCAAGAGAUACGUCGAGAUCGGGAGGGUGGCUCUCGUUAACUACGGCGAGGACUAUGGGAAGCUCGUCGUCAUUGUCGACGUCCUUGACCAGAACCGAGCUCUUGUUGAUGCCCCUGAUAUGGUGAGAUCCCAAAUGAAUUUCAAGAGACUUUCCCUAACUGACAUCAAAAUUGACAUCAAAAGGGUCCCCAAGAAGAAGGAACUGCUUGCUGCCAUGGAGGCUGCUGGUAAGCUCAACAACUUUUAAACAUUGAUGGUCUUG